AUGGCAUCUACAAGUAAUGCAUUUGUUUCUUUUAUGAUACUCUGGUGUUGGCUCUGUAGUUCUUUCUAGAAGAAGGAUCUAAAUGCAAAUAUUACUCCUGCCUUUCUGAAAUUAUCCAAAAGAGGACUGCAAGCCUUUGGAGUGUGAUUAGGGGAAUGGAGGGGGCGUACUGGAGCAAAAAUGUUGAUGAGCUGCUGUGUUUUGAGACAGUGAAAUCUGUAGCCUUUUACACAUGUGGCAUCCAUUGCCAACUUUAUAGAAGGUUUUACUGUCACUAGUUCAGUGGCAGGGAAUCUCCACUUUUACUUGCCACCCAGUCAGCACCCAGUGCUUCAUAAAUGGCAGGAUCUUUACUACCAACGGCUGCAUUCUCCUUAUGCUUCAAACAGUAAUCUUAUACUGUACUGUGAUUCCUGCAUUCCUUUGAUCUUGUGUGGAUUGUCUGUGAUCAAAUCUGAUUUUCUACACUGCUGAUCACACCUUAUUUGAAAGAGCUAAGAAUGACUUUUUCAGAGUAUGGGGUGGGGAAGAAGAGAGAAGCUUUGCUAGCUUGAUUCUGCUCUUUAUCUUAAAGCUGUUGAGUUUUGCCCUGUCGUAUGACUGAAACUGCGGCUCAGAGUAAAUUAUGGAGACUGUAGUGGCUAUGUGGGCAAACCCUUCUGCUUUUACCAUCUUGCCUUUUAUUUCUUAAGCUGCCAGUUGCAUCUGUGGCUUUAUUGUCCAGAAUAUGCUUUUCAUGUGUGGUGCAAGUUCUCUAGUUCCUUCAAAUAAGGUGCUUCUGAGCAGAAUGCAUUUGGGUGUACUGCUACUUUGAGGCUAUUAGCAACACAGCAGGUUGGAUAACAAAGGUUGAGAGAAGCUACUUUUAGGCCAACAGGUAACCAUGCUUUCUCUUUUCUUGUUCCCUGAAACACAAGAACAAAAGAUGAGCAAGAACAAAGAUGAUGCUCCCCAUGAAUUGGAGAGCCAGUUUAUACUGAGACUGCCUCCGGUAAGAGACCCUUUGCAAUAAAUAGCCUCAAAGUGCUCUGUGCUUGCUUCCUGAUUCUAUUGCUGGAGGCAUGAAUAUGGGUUGGUACAGUGGUACCUUUCUGUACACCCAUGUUCAGUCCACGUCUUCAGUGCCUGCAUGGGCUGGGUGUCGGGAGCACCUUCUCUGACCUUCCGAUCACAGGAACGUAGGAACAUCAACACAGCAUUCCCGAGGAAUAGGUCCUGGUGCAGUGGACUCACAUUUGCUCAUGUGAGCACCUGAAACGCAGCAGAGUAACAGAAGCAAAGCUGUGGAGGUUUUGUUGCAUACCUAAUUUAUUUCUUCUAAUUAAACAAACAAAAGAACAUAACAAACAUGUACGAGAGAAACAGCUCUCUCAUACUGCCAUCUUGUCUCUAGACAGGUCAAAGAAAAAGACACAUAGUGCUAGGGAUGGAAGUCUGGAAGAGUAGCUUCCUCCCCCUCCUUUAGACAGAAAGGAAAACAAACAUGAUCUGGUGAUCCUUGCAAAGGGAGGGAUGAAAAUGCUGACAGUACCUCUACUUACGGACCCGAUCCGUUCCAGGGUGCCGUUCGCACCCUGAAAAGUCUGUUAGAGUGCUGCUUCUGUGCCUGCAUGUGACGCAAUAGAGCGCUCCUGCGCGUGCGUGAAGCGCACAGAUUGCUCCUGCACAUGCGUGAAGCGGCGAACCCGGAAGUAAACACGUCCAGGUUUGCCGCAUUCGUAACCUGAAAAAACGCAACGUGAAGCAAACGCAACUUGAGGUAUGACUCUAUUGUAAACUCUGCCUUUUCAGGAACAUGCUUCUACUGUGCGGAGGGCAGUCCAGUCUGGAAGUGUCAACUUGAAGGACAGGCUCACCAUAGAAUUGCAUGGUAAGAGGACCAGGUCAAUGAGUUCUUACUUCUUGGGAGUUGUAUCCAGUGCUAGUCCUGCUCAGAGUAGACCCACUGAAAUGAAUGGACAUGGCUAACUUUGGCCUAUUAAUUUCAGUGAGUCUAGUCUGAGUAAAACUUAAUCAGCUAGAACACUUGACUUUUGUUGUUACACAUUUAUUACCUUAAGCUAUUCAUCAGGUCCUGCAGUUUGGAACGCCCAAUCAUUAGGAAGCUAUUGGGUGGGGCUACAUGAAAUUGCUGGGGAGGGAGAGGGAUUGUUCUGCCACUGAUGCCUCUAAAAACAGCGGAAAAGUUGAAUUAGUUUUUUGUAAAUGGGGGUAGUACAACUGGUCUUUUCUCCUAUCUAUACUUCAGGAAGAUAAUAUAUCUAAUCCACGUUCCCACCUGUAAUGUUGGUUUCCACAUGCAUGAAUAUCACUUGAUUUGAUUGGCUGUUCAGUAGGUGACUUAUGUGUUUGAGGUUACAUGAGCAUUAUUUUAAUGAUAACCCAUUCACAUUUGCAAGUUAUCACUGAAUGUUGCAGUAAUCAAAGUUCUGCACAGUAUGCCAGUAUUAUUUUUUUGUUAUAAAGGAAAACAUGAUUGAGAUGUAUAGGUGCCUUCCAACUUAUGUGUGAUCGACUCAUGCGUGACUGGGAAAUAAUUAAAUAAUUCAAACCCAGAAAUGGCAGGAGGGAGCUGGCUCACGAGGAGACCCUCUAUGGAGCCUGAAGACGAUGCCAGUGAGGGCAGAGGAAGCCCUGAAGAGACUGGAAGCACAGUGGGGCUUUGUUCUGGCUGCUUAGCCUCCUUGUCUAACAGCCGACAUGUGGGGUAGCUCAGGAGCAGCAGCCUCUUUCCCAUGCAGCCUCCAGCUGACCCCAGAAUGUCAAUUCUAGUUGUGCAUAUUUUUUGAUACAGUAUUUUUGGUAUGAGAGGGAGUUUAGAGGGUGCGCCACGCUUUAUACGAUUUCACUUAUGUGUUCAGGGGGCUGGAAGCAACCCCUUUGUUAGUGUGAGGAUGCCUGUAUAAAAUGAUGCGGACACAAGAGAAGUUUUUCUCACUCUCUCAUAGAAUUUGGCAUCCAGUGGAGCCAAAUGUUGAGAGGACAGACAAAAGGAACAACUUCUUCACAUAAUUUGUAGUUAAUAGUUUAUAGUUACUGUGUAAUUUGCUACCCCAAGAUGUAGUGAUGGCCAGCAGCUAGGAUGACUUUAAAAGGGAAUUGGAGAAAUUCAUGGCUACUGGUGGCUGCUAGUUCUGUUGGCUACAUUGCCUCCAAUAUCAGAAGCAGUAUGCUUCUGAAUACCAGUUGAUGAGGAACACAAGCAGGAGGUUAUUGCUCUCAUGUCCUCAGGGUGACCAUUGAGGCAAAUAGGAAACUGAGCUAGAUAUGCCUUUGGUCUGAUCCAGCAGGGCUCUUAUGAAGUAGCGCACAUGCACACAUGUUAAACAUGCCAGAACUGUGUUUUGAAUUGCUAAUAAGAUACCACGAAUCUUCAAGUGCAAGCCUACUUUCCUCUCUGCAGCAGAUGGCCGCCAUGGGAUUGUGCGAGUAGACCGGGCCCCAUUAGCCGCUAAGCUGGUGGACUUGCCUUGUAUCACAGAGAGUUUAAAAACAAUCGAUAAGAAGACUUUCUAUAAGACAGCAGAUAUUUGCCAAGUAAGUAUUGUCUCAUGGUCUGGAUAUCAGACUUUCUCUGUCCCCCCUGUGUCUUGUACACAGUCUCAAUUUUACCCCCACUCUCAUUUCCAUGCUCUUUAUGGAUGUUCCACGAUGUAAAACAUCUACACCCAAUUUUGAGUGUGAGAAAUUCCUUACAGGUGGCUGUUCCCCCGAAGCAAGAAAAUUGAACGGUCUUAGAGAGGCUUGUGCCUAAUACUGUUGGUGACAAAAUGGUUGGUUGUCUCCUCUUCUCCCCAGUGCUUUCAUAUCCAACCAGUGCUGGCUUCAGAUUUUGGCCAGCCUUCAGGCACAAUGAUCUCGAUGGGGCCCUUAUCUCCAUGAGUUCAAGAAUUCAAAUACCAAAAUAAUAGGAAGGUACAAAUAUUAAACAAAACCUAUACCAUACUGAAACUUCAGAUGGCUACAUCCAUAGCCAUAAAUAAGAAUAAUGUGCAAAAAUGUGUGAUAAUAAAGUUUAAUAUUACCAGCAUAAUAGUAAUAUGAAUGUUACUAGAGCCUUCAGGUACCCAGCAGUGCGAAUCCCUGACAUUGACCUUGCAUAUAACAGUUGCCUCUCUUUGUGGGGAUUUAGAUGCUUGUGUGCACUGUGGAUGGUGAACUAUACCCUACUCAGGAAGAGCCAGCGCCAGCGACUACUGAUGCUAAAACUCCUUCAAGUACCGAUGUCAAAGCCAAUAAGAAGAAAGACAAAGACAGAGAGAAGAAGUUCCUCUGGAAUCAUGGCAGUGAGUAGAAUAUUUCAUUUCACCUUCCUUACUCGACUUUGUGCCCGCUUCUCAUUCUACCUCCAGAAAAGUCCCCUCCAUUGAUCCUCAAGGAGUUGGAGUAUUGUUUGCCAAUACAAUACGACUAAGAUUCACCCUCACCCUCUUGGUUUCUUCGAAAUUGGGGAGCUGCCAUUGGCUGUUCUCGUCUUUGCUGCCUAGCUCACUGCUCAAGGAGAGAUCCAUUUUCCCUUAGAUAGUCACAAUGCCCUUCAGCUCUCCCUUUUGCCCUAUGUAAUUAAUUUGCUGUGCUGUUCCAGUUACUCUCCCACUGAAGAAUGUGAGGAAGAGGCGGUUCAGGAAGACAGCAAAGAAGAAGGUGAGUUGCAUCUCCUUGUUUGGUGUUAACUUUGAAUCGUUGCUCACACAUGCUGUGGCAGAAAGCCAACCACAGUGCAAACUGAAGCAGGCUAAAAGUUCCACCAAAUCAGAUAAAUGUUCACCAGUCUGGCAUGAUUUCAUUGUUACAUUGACAAGAAAGACAACAACAGAGGGUCACUAGCACAGUUGUGUCUCCAUCUAGAACUCUCAAUGAAUGUAUAUGUGACAGCUUGCCAUAGUUAAUUAAACCCAUAAGAAGGACCUGAGCUCAAUAGCUUGUUUUCAUUUAUGAUUCCUAGCAACUGGUAUUCAGAAGCAGGUAUGUGUCUGAUACUGGAGGUAAUAUAUAACCUUCAUGAGUAGUAGCCACAGUUUCAAAAGAUGCACAUUCUUUCUUAUAGGAAAAAUCCCACUAUAGGUCAUUCUGGUUUCUUCAAAAACAAACAAAGAGAAAUCACAUGUCCUUGACUGACAAAAUGUAGUAAUCCAGUCAGCAGGAACAGAUUGACCAGUCUUGUGUGGUUUGUUUUGUUGUUGCUGUUUUUCAAGUGGAAUUCCCAUGAUUCACUGAUUUAUGUUUUUCAGUGUAUAAAAUAAGAGAGCAUAGAAUAUUUUAAGGCAGCUUCCCCCAACCCAGUGCCCUCCAGAUGUUUUGAACUUGUACUCCCAUCCUUGCCAGCCCAGGUUACCAAUGGUCAGGGAUGAUGGGAGUUGCAAGAGAGAGUGGGGGCCCCCACUGUGAUGGGGAAGGCUAUGUGCUAAAGUGUGCCAAAUGAUCCUGAAUAUGCAGAUCUAAAAACCGUAAGAAGUUCCUUGCUGGAACAGACCAAGGUCUGACUUAUCCAGCAUUCUUUGUGAGAAUCUGAGCGAUCAGGAAGCACUAAGUGAUGUGCCAUAAAUUGUCCUCCCUGGUCUGCUGGUAGACCACAGUCUCCUUUCCGCCCAUCUCCAUUUGAAGGCCUUUGGAGAAGAAGUUGUGACUUGCUUGGAAUAAUUGCAGGAAUCUUACAGGAUGGCUCAGGAAUGCCUUUGAAAAUGUAGGUAGAAAGGUUGCAGGUGUGUCUGUGGCAUCCAGUAGGAAUGACACUUUGGGCUGAGGCACAACCAACUUGUGGGUGCAUAAUAUUGUUUCUCUUUCUUUCUUCCUCUCUGGCCCAGUACAUUGAGUCUCCAGAUGUGGAAAAGGAAGUGAAGCGCCUUCUGAGCACAGAUGCUGAAGCUGUCGGAGUCCGUAUCUUUUCUUUCUAGUGGUUGCUUUUUAUGUAGACCAGUUUGCCAUCCUUGCCUGAAUACACAAGUGCUGAAUGUAUGUUUGGGGGCAGAGGUAUCCCACAAUCUUGACCCCAGCAAGCAUUGCAUGCUUGUCCUCUCAUGCAUUGUGUGUCUCCUCUCAUCCCCCACACUCAUGACUUCCUGCAUGUUGCUCUGGUUAGGCCAGCUGGUGGUGGCUGUUGUUCUUUUUUGCAUUAGUAUCGAUCAAGUAGAAUUCUGUGUAUGGCAAAGACCCAGAGUGGAAGAGUCUGCUUGCAUCUGACUGAAUGUGAGCAGACAUAUCCUGGCGGCAUCUUUCUUGGGAUUUAUGGCACUUACAGAGGCUAGUCCAUUAGGGCACCUUGGGCACUGCCUUGCUAACUGUCCUCAGUCUGCCCUCAGCUGGCCACAUCUGCUUGCCUUGCUAUUUUCCUCCAGUCUGAAAAGUGGAAUUGCUUGUCAGCUUCCUCUUUCUCAGUCUCAGUAUUGCCCUUGUAAAACUCAGCAAGGAGGAGGGUGGGAACAGAACCAGAGUUAAUGGCUCCACCUAUCCUUGUCUCUGGUUGUACCUACUGUUCGUCUCCCUACCUUCUGCCCAACUAGUUCCAGUGGGUACCAGCCACCACUGCGUUGUACCAUACCUGUUCAGGAAAGUAGUGUGUGCAAAAAGGAACAGGUGUAGACACCAAUUAAUGUGCUUCAGUGGAAAGCUGGAGAGUGUUUUCUAAUCAUCUGAAGAAUAUUGCUGUAGCAUCAAUUUUCCAGCGCAGAUUCCAUUUUUCUAGAGGAUGCCUCCCUAUUGAACUGGUUUUUCCUUGACUCUUCUGUACCUGUUCUGAGGCUGGGAGGUCAUUGCCGAAGAUGAAACAAAAGACCCUGACAACCAUGGUUCACUCACAAGCUUGGAUAUUUCUUCUCCUGGGCUGUCUGGACACAAACCAAGCCAUGGUACUGCAGGUAUUGUCAAACUUCAGUAGCUCCCUAACUUAAAGGAAGAGCUGUAGAUCAUCUUAUCUUGUAUGCCAGAGUUUGAAGGUUCAGUCCCUGAUACCUUAAUAGGUAUUUUGUGGUUUUAUAUCUUGGUUUUAUACUGUGAACUGCCCUGAGACCUCUGGGUAUAGGUAAAGGUAAAGUACCCCUGACAGUUAAAUCCAGUUGUGAACGACUCUGGGGUUGCGACGCUCAUCUCGCUUUACUGGCCGAGGGAGCCGGCGUUUGUCCACAGACAGUUUUUCUGGGUCAUGUGGCCAGCAUGACUAAGCUGCUUCUGGUGAAACCAGAGCAGCGCAUGGAAACAGCACUUACUUUCCCGUUGGAGCUGUACCUAUUUAUCUACUUGCACUUUGAUGUGCUUUCGAACUGCUAGGUUGGCAGGAGCUGGGACCGAGAAACGGGAGCGGAGCUCACCCCAUCACGGGGAUUCGAACUGCUGACCUUCCGAUCGGCAAGUCCUAGGCUCAGUGGUUUAGACCACAGCACCACCUGUGUCAGUAUAUAAAUUCAAUAAAUAAUAAUAAUAACCUCCAGUUAAAAUUAUUGGGAACCAAGUGAUGAGUUCCUUUCUGCUUGAGUUCCUAGAGAGACACUGCCUUUCAAAGUGGACAGUCCUGGGCUAAAUGAACAAAUAAUCUGACCUAGUAUAAGGUAGAUGCCUGUAUUCAUAUUCCAACUUGUUGUUGCUUUCAUGCGGAUGGCUAAGUACAAAAUAUAUAGAUAGUAGCUUUUGGGUACAGUUUUCGGACCCAGUGGGGUAGAGAAAAAUUUCACCUGGCCUGGCAAGGAAGAAGGAGGUCUUUCAAUUAAAACAGCGUCAAGGAGGCUAUUUGUUACCAUGCUAACCAAAAGGUUAGCAACACUUUUCUAGGAUAAUUUUUACUGUGCAUAUUGUAAACUAUACUCUUCCCUUUUUCUUGUUGCUUCAAAGCAAUAGAACAUGCUGAGCUCCGGGAGAUGUUUAAGGAUGUCAGCAGUACCAGCAGUGAUGAGGAGGAGAGGGAUGACCUGAACAUCAUGGACACAGAAGAAGACUUAGCGAGGAGACUGCAGUGCAAGCUGAAUGAAUCAGAUGGGCAACAGCAAGAAAAUGAAGGGUCCAACCAGAUGGGUAUGAUGCCUGAGGCCCCCAGGGAGGGAGGCUGUACAGUAGAUGGGGUGGUCAACUUGAAUCAGGACCUUACUCGGCUUGUGCCAGAAUGUGCAGAGGAUUGUUUGACUUGUUUCUGGAAGUGCUAAGUUAUCUGCUCUGUCUUCCAGCCAUGGGAAUCCAGAAGCAGAUCGACAACCUGAAAGACAAGUUGCAGGAGACCCAGGAGCGCAGAAAGCGCCAAGAAGAUCUCAUCAUGAAAGUAGAGAACCUAGCCCUCAAGGUGAAUUCAGCAUCACCACCCCUUCUCUAGAACCUAGAGAAAGUCUAAUAUAAGCCUACUCAGCUCAGCUGAGUUUGGCAGGUGUUUAUAGCUAGUAGGCAUCUCGUUCAACAGAGACAAUAGUCCCUAUGGUGGUAGAGUAUAUGAUUUGCAGAAAGUCUCAGGCUCAUUCCCUGAAUAUCCAGUUAAAAAAUAAAUUAGGUUGCAGUUGGUGAGUCUCUGACUGAGACUCUGGAGAACCACUGCCAGUUGGGGUAGACCAGAGAUGGGCAAUCUUUUCAGACCACGUGUCACGUUCUCAGAUAGGCAGCCUUCUGGGGGUGAGUAGCACAAUAAAUGUCAGAUUUACUUUUGUGCAGUAUACGUCCAUCACUGUCUUCCAUGCAAGCAACUAGGAGGCAGUAGCAGAGUUCAAGGAUGCAUUCCAGCCAGCCAGUAGCAUGCAAGGGAGGUUGUGAAGUAGGGCUUCUUAGGGGUGUGGCUUGGGGAGAUUCCCGUGGGCCAAAUAGAGCAGCCUGGAGGGUGGCAUUUGACCCCCUGGCAUGAUAUUUACGCACCCCUGCAAUAGACAGUACUGAACUAGAAUGUCAGCAUUCUUCAGCCUUGAGUCUCCAGGUAUUGUCUGACUACAGUUCCCAUAAUCUCCACUUAAGUAUUUGUCGGGGAUGAUAGACGUUGUAGUCCAUCAACAUGGAGAUCCAUGGCUAAAGGAACACAGGAUGGUCAACAAACUGACCUCAUAGAAAGCAGAUUCGUCUUGGGGAGCAGGUAGAUAACCCUAGUAUAUCAGGGCUCACUUCCUAGACAAUAAUUUGAGAAAGAACCUGAAUAGGUAACCAAGUUUUAAGGAGAGUAAUACAGCCCUGUGCUGUUUUCAUCUUAACCCGUGGCUUGAGAAAAUCCACACCCUUGGGUUAUAGCAGCAGCACAACCUGCGAUUUUGCCACAGUUGCCUUUUUAUGUGGUUGGUCUGUGUGGGAGGUCAGUGCAGGCUGAAGACCCAGCUGUGCGCAUGAAACUGCCCUUUGCAAAAGAAAACCUAUAUGUGUUGUGUUCUUUUGUUAGAAAAGUACAGGAGCAACAGCCACAUUUCCUGCCCAUCUUGUUUUCCAGACCCGCCUCCAGGCUGUGCUGGAUGAAUUCAAACAGCAGGAAGAGCUAGAGAAGCAGCAGGUAAGGUGGUCUGUAAGGCUGACAAAUGGGGAAAGGGCAGUACAGUUAAUCAAGCUGCAUUGUGAAUCCACAAGCAAUGCUAAAGACUUGCCCCCAUGUGAUAAUGAACCAUAUUUUCCCAACUGUGAACUUGAAAAGCUUUUCGUCAUUUGAGAAAAAUUAUGUUGUGCUCUCUGGUAAGAUACAGUGAAAUGCUUGCCAGUAGCUGAACUGUCCGCAAGUGCUUUGUAGUGUGGCUUAAGAGCUCUUAACCAUAUUUUGUCUCUCUACAUUCUGUUUCUCUUCAGCUGGCCUCUCUUCAAGAGCAGCUAGAAGCCCUUAUGGAAAAGUGAGUCCGGCUUUGACACACCAAGCCAGUACAGACGUGAUGCCAACCGAAAAGCUCCAGAGACUGCCUGCCUUUUUUGGGGGGACCCUUUUUAAUUCACCAGUGUUAGACGGAUUUGGUUCUAUGACUGGGAAGCAGAUCUCUGUCAGUUUUUGAUGUUUUAUUUGCACAAGGGUUUUGCAGGUAAUAGACCAGACAUGUAGACAGAAAGUACCAUCACUUGAGGGGAAGACACUGGUUCCCUCGAGCACACACACAUGGUCGGUCUCCUGAUGAAGAUAGAAAAGUCUUAAUUACAGUCUUGGUCCUUAAAAUUUAUUACAAUUUGCUAGAAGCUACCCAGAGUGGCUGGGGCAACCCAGCCAGACAGGCUGCAUAGAAAUAAUGAUUUUUUUAAUAUAAAUUUAAAAAAUAAUUUAAUUAUUUUACUUUAUGCUGAGCCAGCAUGCAACAUUCUCAUUUUUAUUUUUUAUUUUAAAAAAGCAGCUUAUGCUCCUAAGAGUAGUGUGAAAUUAUUUAUUUCCUGGAAGAGAGUUGUUAGGGCACAGUGCAGAAGCGACUUGUGAGAAGGAAAACACCACUGUUCCCAUCCUUCAUGUACUGACAUGUGUUGUCUGUAAGAGGUUUACCUACAAAAUAACAGCAAAUAAAAAUGUAUGUUUAUUGAUCUCAUAUUUUUUGUAAUGUGGAUAGUUUCCCCAAGAUGGUUGGAUACACACAAGCUAAUCCCAGCUUUCUCCCUCCAGAGGAAUAGCUUUUUAAUUCUUAUGGCUAAACAAUUUCAACAUACAAUAGGUUCAGAAGGUAAUGGGUAUCCUCAUCAUCAAGCAUUCUGCCCAUUCCUGCUCAUGCUCUGUCCCUUCACAACUUCGCACUGCAUCAUUCCAUUUGUAGUCAUAAUCUAAUCACUGUCUGUUAUUUUAAAGAGAGAGAGUGAGUGAGUGUAAUAUUAUGCCUCUUGACCUCAGUGUGGGUUGUGUCUUUUAAAAACAAAAUGAACAUGUGACUCUCCAGAUGUUCAGCUCAGCUCCCCUCAGCCAGUAUGGUCAGUGGUCAGAGAUAAUGGAAAUUGUAGUCCAGGAACAUCUGGAGGUCCACAGGUCAUUCCACCUCUGUUGUAUAGAUGCCAUAUAAAACAAAUGAGAAAACUACUGCUAAACUUGAAAGCUAGCUAUCUCAAUCUGUUAAUUUUGUAUAAUUCCAUUUGGAUCAACCUGACUUCCUCCCACUGGAAGUUUGAACUCUGGUUUUGAAGUAAAUUAAUGUCCUUGAGUUAGGAUGUCCUCUGGGUGGUACAACUUAGAGGAUCAACUGAACAACCUGUCUCAUCCCUGCCAGUUGCAGCAUGGUGAACAUAAUGUAUGUUUUGUGUAUUUUUUUAUGGCUUGUACUUAUAAGUAUGGGUUGUACUUUGACCAAACUGCGGGAGGCAGUGGAAGAGAGGAGUGCUGGUCGGCCAAUUGGUGCGAAGGGAGGAUAGAACUUUCUUUAUGUAUGCUACAACAGCAGCAAGAAUACUCAUCGGGAAGUACUGGAAGACACAAGAAUUGCCCACCCGAGAAGAAUGGCAGAUGAAAGUGAUGGACUACAUGGAACUGGCUGAGAUGACCGGCAGAAUUCGAGACCAGGGAGAAGGGUCGAUGGAAGAAGAUUGGAAAAAAUUCAAAAUAUAUCUUCAAAAGUACUGUAAUAUAAAAGAAUGUUAGAAGGAGGUUGGAAAAAGAAAAUUAGGUCGUUCUGGUAGAUGGACUAAGCAAAAAUGAGUUGAUGAAAUCGAUGAAUUAGAGGAGGUCUAAUCACAUUAUUUUAAUUUUAAAAUAUGUAAAUGAAAAUAAGGUUAGAAGGAUUUGCUGGAAACACGAUCUGAACUAGAAUACAAAACUGGGAGGUGAGAGGAGGUCAUGGAAAUAAGUAAAGGGAAAAGGUUAUGUAAAGGUUUAAUCUGUUUUUGUUUUAUUUUAACUUAAUGUAUUUUCAUAUUUUUGUCAAGUUUUCUUUUUUAUUCUAUCUUAUUGUUCUUUUUUUUACUUGUUUAUCAUUUGCUCUGUUAUGGUUAAAGCUUUUUUUGUAUUUUGUAUGGUUUUUCUUUUUCUUUUUUGGAACUUUAAAUCUGGAAUAAAUAUCAUUUAUUUUAAAAAAAAAAAAAAAGAGUGCCUGGCGUGCUCUGGUCCAUGGGGUCACGAAGAGUCGGACACGAUUAAACGACUAAACAACAACAACAUGGGUUGUACUUAGAUUGCAUUGAAAUCAGAUAAGUUGUGACUUUCAAGUUUCAUUGAUUUCAGUGGUAGCUAAGUGGGACUAACAUGGAAACAACCCUGGGUAUUGAUGCAAAAUAUGCAUUAAAUCAUGAAAUGGGCUGCAACAAAAAGGCAUCUAACAAGUGUGAAAAGAAGGUUUUCCAAAUGUACCAAAAACAUUCCUUACCUGGGGCACCAUUUGAUCUCUGGUUAACCCUGGGAGGGAGGUUUAUGGCCCAGCAUUCUUUUGUAGAGGAAGCAUUUUUCUACGGAGGGGCAUUCACACUCUCAACUAGCCCUAGGAAAUUGCUAGCAUCUUCUAGAAGGAUGCUGGGGGAUUUCUCUGUUUACUAGACUAGCCUAAUCUAAUUUCAUACCUACUAAGAAGGCAAAUCCUGGAUUAACCUGGCCUGGCAAGGAGGGGAUCAGGAAGGCAGCUUCAGUGUGUUGUUUUCCCAGCACAUUGGAGAAGGUGACAAGGACCAGGACAAUAUCUCUGCCUCCAGAAGGGGUCUGCGCAGAGAAGAAUUUCUGCUCAAUUCUCUAGAGUCGGUUGGACAUUAGUACCAUCAAAAUAGAUUGGGAGUAGAAGUGGGUCUGUUGCAGCAAGGCAUUGUAAAACAAUCUAAAGAGUUCUCCGGAAAAGAAAAAAAAGCCGCUAGCAGCUCUGCCAUGGAGGAAACAUAUCUACUUAACGUGGAAGGAGUCAAGAAAAAGAUUUUACAUGGCGGUUACGGUCCGUUGCCAGAUUUCAAAGAUGGGAGCAAGGUAAAUGGCUGCAAGCAUAGAAACCAUUAAAAAUGUGUAAAUAGGAUCAUAGGAAGAUGUCUUACACCAUGCCAACUCGUCUCAACCAUCUCAUGGUUGUCGAUAUACUGUACUGAGUUGCAAUGGCUCUUCCAAGGUUUUGGACAGGAGACUUUCAAUCCCAGCUGGAGGUGCUGGGUACUUAAAUAGGGACCUUUUGCAUGCUAAGCAUGCGCUCUGCCCCUGAGCUAGAGCUCUUCAGCAGUUAUUAGCAAUUAUGGCUAAAUUGAACCUCCAUGUUUGGAGACAGUAUACCCUGAAUUUGAGUGGCUGGGGUCGGCAGCAUGAAAGAGCAAUUGCUUUCAUGUUCUGCUUAUGGGCUUCCUGGAUGCAUGUUGCUGGCCACUGUUGGAAAUGGGUGCUGGACUAGGUGGGCCUUUGAUCUGAUUCAGCAGGUAAUUGAUUCUUAGGUAAUUAGGUAAAAAACAGCAGAAGGGUUGACCUGGAACACUCCUCUUUAUUCCUCUGCCUUCUGUCUCUUCUGACUACUGGCUUUAGAAAGCUGUUUUUCAGUUACAGAAGUAAAGCGCAUAGUAAUAAGGCAGUGAAUCCUUUUCAGUUGUAUAAUAUGCCUAACGUCUAUAGAGCCGUGGAGGCUAAGCGCUGUGUCAGGUGCUAGCCCUAUUCAGAGUAGACCCAUUGUAAUUAAAUGACCUACUCUCAGCCCUACAUAUUUAAGUUCCUGUCCUACCUUUCAGUUAUGUGCUUUCGGAAUUAUGACACUCAUUUGCUAUUGGUUAGCAGUUCGAAAGCACGUCAAAGUGCAAGUAGAUAAAUAGGUACCGCUCUGGCGGGAAGAUAAACAGUGUUUCUGUAUGCUUCUCUGGUUUCACCAGAAGCGACAUAGUCAUGCUGGCCACAUGACCUGCAAAAACUCUGCAGACAAAUGUUGGCUCCCUCGGCCAGUAAAGCAAGGUGAGUGCCGCAACCCCAGAGUCGUUUGUGACUGGACUUAACUGCCAGGGGUCCUUUACCUUUAAAGGACAAAAAUUCCCACAUAGGAAGAGGAAACUGAGCAGAGUCCCAUUCAAUGGGGGGAGGCAAUAAAUAAUUGCCCCAGAACAUUGUGGAAGGCAAAGCAAAGGUGGUUCUGAACUUCCAGAGGUUUAGAUUUGAGCUGACUAGAGUCCUAACCAUUAUUAACUUUAGUUUGCCUUUGAUCCAGAUCACAUUCCACUUCCAGACGCUAAAAGACAACUUUGAGAGAACGGUGAUAGAUGACAGCCGGGGCCCUGGCAUCCCCAUGGAGAUUAUUGUGGGGAAGAUGUUCAAAAUCGAGGUGUGGGAGACCCUUCUAACUUCCAUGCGGAUCGGCGAGGUGGCAGAGUUCUGGUGUGAUGCUAUUGUGAGUGUGCAAUUGUGGCAGGCAUACCCUGAACGCAUGAAAUUGUCAAGUUCAUGCCUACCCUAAUUAGCAGAAAGUUAUUUGCAAUUGACUAUCAAGCAUCUGGUACCCUUCAGAUGCUGUUGAACUCCAACUCCCAUCUUCCCCAGCUAGCAUGGCCAGUGGCCAAGGAAAAUAGGAGUUGUAGUCCAUCAACAUCGGGAGAACACCACAGUGGCUAUCCUAAAAUAUGCUCACAACCUCCCAUCAUUUGACCUUGCUAUCCAGAUUCAUUAAAAUAGUUCCCCAGACUCCACCUUUUCAAAGUCUGGAACGUAGGAAGCUCCCUUAUACCGUGCCAAAUUACUGGUCCAUGUAACCCAAUACAGUCUACGUUUAACUGGCUACAUAUCUCCAGGGUCUUGGGAACAAAAUGGUCUUUCCCAUCACCAGCUACUUUAUUAUUUUAAUUUGAAACCUAACCCUACCCUCAGCAUGUAAUGCAGGAACUCUACCACUGAACUACAUGCCUCAUCAAUCAAUUUCAUUUUAUCAAGUGCCUCUUGCGAUAGAUUCUGGAGUAAAGCAGGGAUGGAAAAUUGCAAAGGGUUUUGGACUCGAGGGGGCGGGGCGGGCUGUGGGUUCAAAUACCUGUUAACUUGCCUCUCGCCUUCAGGCCUUGGGCAAAUUUCCGUUUCUUAUUGUGAGUUGACUAUGGGCUAUUUCCAAGCCACCCGUUUACUGAACAUCCAUCCUGAUUUGUUUCCAGGAAGAUUAAAUAGCCAACAUUGUCUAAUGAACCUUUGUUCUGACUUCUUUGUGGGGAGGUUAGAUGCUGCUGAUGCAUCAAAGCGAGUGUUAUCCAGCACUUCCCAGUGCAUCUUACCCUCACUUUCCUGAUCACAAAAAGUCUGUUCUUUUUUGGGGGGGAGUAGCCUUGUUGUGCAAGACCUCUCUCCCCCACUCCCCAAUCCAUUAUAGUUGCACAACCUGAAUUUGCCAGUGACUUGAUCCUGUCCCAAAAUAGCGAUAGUCUGGAAGUGUCCUAAGAGAAUGCCAAUGACCUAGCCUGACGCUUGGGAGCAGGAUGGGCUACGUUGUGCCUUUUUAUGCUAAGAUAAUGCAGAUCCUAAGGGACGUGGGUGGCACUAUGAGUUAAACCACUGAGCCUAGGACUUGCCGAUCAGAAGGUUGGCGGUUCGAAUCCCCGCGAUGGGGUGAGCUCCCGUUGCUUGGUCCCAGUUCCUGCCAACCUAGCAGUUCGAAAGCACGUCAAAGUGUAAGUAGAUAAAUAGGGGGGAAGGUAAGCAUGUCAAAGUGCAAGUAGAUAAAUAGGAAGGUAAAUGGAGUUUCUGUGCACUGCUCUGGUUUCGCCAGAAGUGGCUUAGUCAUGUUGGCCACAUGACCCAGAAGCUGUAUGCCGGCUCCCUCGGCCUAUAAAUUGAGAUGAGCGCCGCAACCCCAGAGUCGGUCAUGACUGGACCUAAUUAUCAGGGGUCCCUUUACCUUUACCUUUAAUGCAGAUCCUACAUUAAGGAAAACUACCAUCUUCCCUCUUGGACAUCUGAUUGUAGCACAUCACAUUUCCCAUGCAAGGCCCUGUAUGCUCUCUGCCCCAGUCUUAUGGUUACCUCCUUCGCAAUUUCAGCACACGGGAAUGUACGCCUUGGUGUCCAAGGGCAUGAGGAAAAUUGCCGAGGGCAAGGACCCUCUGGAGGGCCAGAAGCAUCGCUGUGGGAUGGGCAACAUGUUCGAUUACUAUACCACAGGCCACGCAGACCUGGAUGAACUGCAGCAGACGCCACAGCCCCUUAUUUUCAUUAUGGAGCUGUUCAAAGUGAGUGGGAGAAUCAGAAGGAAACUACAGUUCCGUUGUGUAACGUGCCGUUGCCACCAUCUAUCUCAUUAAUGGAUGAUUAUUUAUGACCUUUAUAUUCCCCUUUCCUCCAAAGGAGGUCGAUUGGUUUAUCACACCCUCCCCCCCUUUUUACCCUCACAACACCCCUGUGAAGUAGCCUGGGAGACAGCAGCUGGCCAUGGACACUCUGUGAACACCACGGCUGUGUGGGGAUUUGAGCCUUCCAGCCCACUGUUCCCCAGGCCUAAUCCAGCAUCAUUCUGGCUACUACAUGCCACUGACAUGGCAGUCAGUGCCAAUGAGUACCAGUUUCUGCCCAGCUGUGUCAGAUGCAAAAGCUUUUUGUGGAUUCUACCACCGCAGUUGGAGGGAAGAAGCAUUCCUGCCCAAAUCACCCUCUCACCCACCCCAAGGUCCUUGCACUUUGAAAACUGGCUCGUCAGAGAAAAGGGUUCAACUUACCUCAUCCCUGAUGUGCUGUUUUCCUAUUGUCAGCCUGCCUAUGCACAGCAUACGUUUUCAGAAAGCCUUGUCCAGGUGCUUCCACCAUCUGCUGUGAACUGGGUGGUGACUUAGUAAGCGGACCUUCUCUCCCUCAGAAAUCUUUGUACUGGGAGGUCCAGGGGCAGAUAUUAGAGCUGUCCACAUGCACUGGGUGCUGAGCCAAUGGGGGUGCCAUCUCAAAGCUAGCCCUGGUGAUCAUCCAAUGUUUAUUGGAUGGAUUUUCCUCCUAAAUUGAUUUUUGAAUUCUGAAUUUAUUGUUAUUCAUGUUUUAUAUUGUAUUUUAUACUGUUUUUUGUUGCAUCAAUUAAGUGUUUUAAAUCCGUUGUUAGCCGCCCUGAGCCCGUUUUUUUGAACCGGGAAGGGCGGGGUAUAAAUAAAAUUUUAUUAUUAUUAUUAUUAUUAUUAAAGCUGGGUAAGCAAGGCACUGGGCUUUUGGGGAGAAGGUGUGAAGCUCUGGUAGGAUCCUAGAGUCUUCUCACCUCGUUCCCAAAGCCUAGCUAGCACUUUCCCAGUUUUCAGCACCGAAAAGGAGAUGGCGCAGAAUGUGGGAAUCCCCCUCUUGCAGGUGUCCUAGUAUGGAACCCCUGUGUAAGUGGGGGUUCCCCUGUAAUAACUGUGGUUUUCUAUCCUAUCUAGGUAGAGGAUCCCUCUUCCUACAAGCGGGAUACGUGGGCCAUGAACAACGAGGAGAAGCUGCUGGCUGUGCCAAAGCUGCACACGGAGGGUAACCGACUGGUCCUUUCCAGGAAAUUCAAGGAAGCGGCAGAGAAAUACCAGGAAGCUAUCAUCUGCUUGCGCAAUAUCCAGGCCAAGGUAAGAGUUGGGUGGAGAUAAAAUAAAAAAGUAAUUGAUUUAAAAUAUGUUGGCUAUAAACAGGCUGCCUGUCUCCAUAUUUGACUGCCUGUAGAGUAGGACUUUCUGUUGUUACCAUCUAAGGCAAGCGGGGUAGUUGCCCAGGACAGGGUCUUCUCAGUGGUGUCCCCUUCAAUUAUGAAAUGCUGUCUCCAGAGAGGUCUGUUUGGUGUGUUUUUUGUCGUCUUCUUGGCACCAUGUAAAGACCUUUGCAGCAGCAGCAACAACAAAAUAUCCCAGGCCUUUUAGACAAAAUUUUAGUUCUGUUGAUUGUAUCACAUGGCUUUCAAGAUCUUGCCGCCAUUCUAAUGUCUGGGUUUAUUUAGAUAUUUUUUAUUUCCAUUGUUCUUUUCUAAAAACUUUUUUGCAUUUCCUUCUCAUAUGAAUUGUUCCUAUGAUGUUUUAAUUUGAAAAUCAAAAGGUGGUAUAAAUAUGCAUAAUCAGAGCCAUGAAGCAAGGAGAAGAACCCGCCUCAGGCAGCGGAAGUGCAGGAGGCAGUGCUCUACCUGAUCUGCUACUUCUGCCACUGCCAGAAAGAGGGAAGCUUUGUAGCACACGGCACUGUUCACCUUCCCUGCCCCUGGAUAGAGGAGUUGAGUGUGGACAUUUUGAGGAGCAACCCAGCUGCCGCUUAAUUUGGUGAGAGCUGGGGCAUGAAGGCAGCAGAAGUUAUUGGGCUCCAACUCCCAUCAGCCUAUGUCAGAAUAGCCCUGCAGUGCAAGAUGGUGGUGGAAUUUGUAGUGCAACAGUCCCUGGAGGGCCAAAGGUUCUUCCAUCCCUACAAUAUGGACCAUAAAAUGAAGGUUUUGAACAUGGGUAGUCAAACUAGGGCCCAGGGGCCGGAUCCGGCCCAAUUGCUUUCUAAAUCUGGACCACGGACAGUCCGAGAAUCAGCGUGUUUUUACAUGAGUAGAAUGUGUCCUUUUAUUUAAAAUGUAUCUCUGGGUUAUUUGUGGGGCAUAGGAAAUUGUGUCCCCCCCUUCAAAAUAUAGUCUGGCCCCCCACAAGGUCUGAGGGACAGUGGACCUGCCCCCUGCUGAAAAAGUUUGCUGACCCCUGGUUUGGAAUGUCCAGUGUUGGACUAUAUUCUUGGACCACUCAUUCCCCAUGAAGGACUUAGCAUGUCUGAUGACUUGCCACCCCUAAAGUUAAGCUGUAUUUCACCUGGUCGGUGUCUAGAUCACCUGGGGAUCCAUUUUUAAGGUAUUCUGAGCUCUCUGUGAGAAAGAGGUGGAUGCAAAUAAAUCAUUUUGUUAAUUAGCUAGGUGUUAUCUUUUGCCAUGAAUGAGCUUGUUGGCCUCCAUGUCUCUGAUGUAUGCUGCCGUGUCCCACCCUGAACACUGGCUUCAAUGCAGGGGUCUCUGUCUCUUAGUGCACGAUUCCAAACCUUAGCUGGAGAUGCUGGUGAUGGAACCUGGGACCAGCAUGCAAAACCUGCAAAGCAGGUGCCUUUACCACUAAGCUACAACUCUUCUCCAAACCCACCAUCUUGUUCUUUGCUGGGUUUCUCCACAGGAGAAGCCGUGGGAUGAAGACUGGAUGAAGCUGGAGAAUCUCAUUACACCUCUUGUGCUGAACUACUGUCAGUGCCAGCUGGAGUUGGGGGAGUAUUAUGAGGUGCUGGAGCACACAACCGACCUCCUGCAGAAGAACAAUGGUGAGUGGUUCCUUCAGCUCGCUACUUGCAGAACCCUCCUCUAUCCUUUUCUGCAUGUGCCAGGGCCCUAAAUUGCAUGAGCAUAGAGAUGUGCUCCAGCAUUCCUCCUGUUGCCCUGAGACUACACAUCUCACAUCACAUACAAUUUUAUUGGCCACCCUGAAAACAUCAAUGACCAAUGCAAUUACUUGGGCAGUUUGUUAAGACUGGGUGAGCUCACACGCUUUGUUCCUUUGAGUUAUUUAUGCUUCCAAAAAGAGCAAAGCAAAUAUUUGAUACUAGUUUAGAUGCAUCCAACUGACAUGCAAUCACUGACGCACAGGUCCUUUUGGAAGAAGGCAGAAGGGGGUGGAAUAAGGGUGGAGUGGGGUGCACUUAUGCACGCCCUGCCAAUGUGUGCAGGGGCCAGGAACAGAAACCCUGUGCAAAAUAGUCACUGUCUGUAUCAAUAGCCUGCUUUUGCAGUCUUGAGGUCUAGAUCAUCAAUAUUAUUAUUAAUUAAAGUUGGGGUUUUGAGAACACAGUGUUCUACGCUACUUACCAAAUUAUUCAUGCAUCGUGAUUGUGAAACCACAAGGUUCAGCACUGGUUCCAGGUUUUGGGGUGCUGUUGGGCAAGAUGCUUUGGCGGGGUCUCCUCCCUCCAUAAGUCCAUCUCUUCCUUCCCACAAUCACAAGUGUCACAUGAUCAGCACAGCAACAAGGCUCCCUAGCAGGAGUGGGGAAGCGCAGGCCUAGGGGCCAAAUACAGCUGGAUUCUUUGAAACUGAAUGUAAACUCAGCUGAAGUCUUUCUCCCAAUGUGCAGGAGGAGGAGAGUAGGAGCAUGUGAGCCCAGGGCUGGAUUCCAACUGCAAUCGGCACGUUUAAUGGCCAGGGAAGAUGGGAGUUGUGGGCAGCAGCAUUUGGAGCACCACAAGUUCUUUAGCUCCGGUUCAGCAUUAUGUGUGAUCCUACUGCAUUGUGUCUCAGUGAAUAACUGAGGAGGAAACAUCAACAGUGGAGUUUGGUUUUAUUAACCCAUUGUCAUGUGGCAAUUUUACACAAAGCUACUGGUACCUCUGAGAGAGAGAGAUUUAGGCUGUGUACACACCAUACAUUUAAAGCACACACCCCUGCAAAUAAUUAUUGUUAAGGGUGCUGUUAAUUUUAGCUCUGUGUUAUAAUAAUUUUAAGGUCCCAAAUAUGGAAUAUUCAUAAAUGUACACAUAUCUAAAUAUAUGAACUGUGUGUCUGAAAUAGUACGGGAGAGCAAUCCUGAAGCCAUUUUGACUCUCCCAAAUUACUUCAAAUAUUCCUCUGCAGGAAGGGAGGCAAAGAGAGAAAGCCUUGCCAUUGUCUUUUUGCUUGCAAAUCCUGUCUUAAGGGCACAUUUGUGUAUGAAUAGGGUGAGCCUGUGGCCUAAAGUAUUAACCAUCACAAAAGAAAGGCCAGGCUGCCCAGGUAAUACAAUCAGUGACCAUUAUCAGGUAGGUAGGAUUUCUGCUGUAGACCGCCUCUUUCUGUGAUGUAUGUAUGGUGUUUAGGGGUGGUGGUCUUGGGGUACAGGGUGGGCAAUUUCAAAAGGCCUUGUGAAGUACAGUGGUGCCCCGCAAGACGAAUGCCUCGCAAGACGGAAAAACCGCUAGACGAAAGGGUUUUCCGUUUUGAAGUUGCUUCGCAGGACGAAUUCCCCUAUGGGCUUGCUUCGCAAGACGAAAAUACCUUGCGAGUCUUGAGAUUUUUUUUCGCUUUCCCCCCCCUUUAUCUAAUCUGCUAAGCCUUUAAUAGCCUUUAAUAGCCUUUUAGCAGCUAAUCCCCUAAGCCUUUAAGCCUUUAAUAGCCGCUAAACAGCUGAUAGCGCUAAUAGCGCUAAUCCGUCAAUGGGCUUGCUUCGCAAGACGAAAAAACCGCUAGACGAAGACUCUUGCGGAACGGAUUAAUUUCGUCUUGCGAGGCACCACUGUAUUGUUCAGGGUUGUCCUCCCUCUUGCGCGUGGUGGGUUGCAAUGGUUCGUGAAUAAAGAUCAGGCUUACUAGCCGCUUUACUUCUCAAUAUACUCUGCUAUUUUCUCCUACCGAUAGGGCUCUGUAUGGGCUCCGGAAUGCCCCAUAAGGGAAAGGGAGCAGUUUUUCUUAAAACAUCUGUAAGGGGUGAGCAACAAUUCCCAGUAUUCUUUGGUGGGAGGAACUGCGCUUUAAAUGUAUGUUGUGUACACAGUCAUUGUGUAACCCAAGUGGCCUGACUUCAGUCUCAUGUGGUCCACUCAGAUGACAACGUAAGAAACACCCUAUCCUUACAUGGCCCAGGAAAGCAGAAUACUGAGAGCGGCGGCUUUUAAGUCUGUAAUUUAUUAGAUUUGUAUAUGAGAGCUAGCAAACCAACUGACUUUGUUCUUUUGCUAGAAAAUGUCAAGGCUUAUUUCAAACGGGCUAAAGCCCACGCUGCUGUCUGGAAUGAAAAGGAGGCCCGAACAGACUUUUUGAGGGUGGCCCACCUGGAUCCAUCGCUGACUGCUGCUGUGAGGAAAGAAUUGAAGCUCUUGGGGGAGAGGAUGAGGAAGAAGCACGUAGAAGACCGCAAGAAGUACAAAGAUCUCUUCCAGCAGCCUCCUCCUAAAGGAGAAACUGAGGGGAGAGCAAUGGAGGAGACAGAAAAGCUGUCAGAUUCUAGCCUCGGCUCACAAACAGAGGAAAAGAAUCAAGAAACCCUGAGGCCUGAGAGAGGAAGAGAAGAAGGGAGAUGGAUGGGUGCAACAGAAGCAACAGAGCAAGGGAACUUAGCAGAGAAAGAGGAUGGACUCCUAAUGAAGACAGACGAAAUGGACAAAGAGGACAUCACCCCUCAGAAAGUGAGGGAAGAGGAAAUGGGAAAUAAAGAUAAAGGAAUGAUGGAGAGUCAUUCUGGAGAUGACCUGACAGGCUGUGAAACCUCUGGAAGCAAGGAACAGUUAGAGUUCGGGCAGUGGAAGCUUGAAGAACAGAGGGGGAAAGUGGAAGAGAUUAAUUCUGGGGCUUGGGAUCAAAACAGAGAAGUGGAUUUUCCAGUGCUGGAGGAAAAGGACGCAGAAAGAAGAGCCGUCCCUGGGAGCUCUGGGAAGGAAUUAGGGGGAGUUGCAGGAAACCAUGUGAACAGCAGCGUAGGGGAAGGGUUAAUUGAAGGACCUUGUGAGAUUGGAGUGGGCAUUGGAACAGAGAACUUCCCAAGAGAGACGGAAGGAUAUGAAGAAAGUUGUGGGAAACGGGAAGCCCAAACUGUUGAAUUGUCAGGGGUACAGGGUGAUAAGGGCUUUGGAGCAAAGGAUCCCAAGGAUGGAGUUAUAGUGGAGAGCCCUCAGGAAAGUAGUGAAAAAGAUGACUUCCAAAUCCUUCAGGAAGGAUCAAAGACAGAAGCAAGUGUGUCAACAGAACCGAGGGAAAAGGUCAGUUCUGACUGGGAAAACUGUGGUGGGCCAAGAAAGGAGAAUUCUACUGGAGAGGAGAAGGAACCUAAAAAAGAAACAAAAUUGGGAGAGAAAAGAAGAGAAGAUAAUGAUCAUUCCAUUCCAGAAGAGGAGACACAUUGCUGUGAAGCAGGCCCAGAGCAUUGUGAGGGAGAGGCAGACCUAGAAGACUUUAAAAGAGUGGCCACUGGUGAUUAUGUGAAAAUAACAUUAGAUGUUAGGGCCAAGGAAGUGAUAAGCCUCGAAUCACAGCAUGCCAGAGAGGAGGGGGGUGGCCACAGAGAGGUGGCUGGAUGUAGGGAGGGAGGAAGUGAAGUUGGUGACAGAUCUAGGCUGCGCAAAGAUGCACAAGGAGAUGAAGUAGACCAAGAAUGGUUCAAGGCAGAAAUAAGCUUCAAAGCUGAUGAUCUGGAGAUGGGAAUGAGAGGGGAGGAUUCCAAGACAGAGCAAGCCGAUCUGCAAGUUAGGGGGGAAGAGCCAGUAGCGAAAACAGGCAGGGAAGCAGAACUGAUUGUGGGGCAAGACUCUCUAUGGGGCAACAGUGAGGUGUCAAGAAAGGAGGAUGGAGAUACAGAAGAUAUUUCAUUGGCCACCCACUGCAGAGGAGACAAAAGCGAAGUGCUGGAGUUGACUGGAUCUGGAGCAAUGGGUGAGCUGAACAUUUCUACCCUGAGACAGCGCAACCUGAUGAAAGAGGAAACCCAGUGA